CUAUCGAUGGCACUAUCGAUAUAUCGAAUUUUUAUAUUUUUGCGUCGCUAUCGAUGGUUAUUGUUCACUAUCGAUAGUGGCAUUACCAUACAUUGCACAUCACUUGUUUUGGCGCAACUUUGCAGGUCGGCAGCAAAUUUUGGUAAAUUUUCGUUGGUGUUGGUGGCGGAAGGAUGGACAAAUUUCUCUUGAAAAACUCACAGGAUGGACAAGACAGCAGCAUUGAGGCAAUUGAGGAGGACAACCAGCUAGCAAAAAGGCAGCGAGUCGGAAGAUCAUCGGUGUGGGGCCAUUUCGAAAAAAUAAACAACGGUAUGUCGGCAAAGUGUCGCUCUUGCGGCAAAAUGUAUAAGACGAGCGGAAAUACCUCAAAUUUAUUUGACCACCUGAAGCGUGCGCAUCCCGGUCAGCGUGUUAACGAUUUGUCAAUCACUUCUGUUGAGGAUCCUGAGUUUCGCGACUUUAUCAAACUAUUCGACCCACGCUACAAACUACCGUCGCGGACUACCCUCUCUAAUGUCAUGAUGACAAAUUUAUUUGAUGAGCAGAAACCUAAAUUAAAAAAUUUGCUCAGCAAAAUAAAUCACUGUGCCAUCACAACUGAUAUGUGGACGUCCCUGGCAAAUGAAUCUUAUAUGACAGACACAUGCUCGUUUAUUACAGAUAGUUACUGUCUUCGCUCUGCUGUUUUAUCAACAAAUAAGCUAAUUGAUGAAACAAAUCAUACUGCUAAGAAUAUAGCAGAUACCCUGCAGGCUGUUUGCAACGAAUGGGGAAUUUUUGAUAAAAUAACUGCAAUUGUGACCGAUAAUGCAAGCUCAAUGAUCAAAGCGUGUGAGCUGCUUAAAAAAAGGAAUUUACCCUGCUAUGCACACUCACUUAAUUUGGUGGUGCAAGAUUGCCUUAAGCUGGAUUGCACAAAAGAAUUACUUAAAAAAUGCAAUUCCAUUGUCGCGUUUUUUAAAAAUAGCACGAUUGCUUACAAGAAAUUUAAAGAUUCUCAAUUGACGGAAACUAAAUAUAGUCUAAUACAGGAAGUUGCCACCAGAUGGAACAGUGCAUUCCUAAUGAUUGAAAGAGUCUUAAAAACACAUGAGCCAAUCAAUAUAACACUUCUAAGUUUGUCGAAAGCGCCACAGCCUCUCACAGCUGACGAAAUCAACAUAUUAAAAGGCUUGUCACAAAUACUUUCUCCCUUUGACAUUGCUUCCAAAGAAGUGUCGUCGAAUUCUAAAGUCACAGUAUCACUAGUUAUUCCAGUUACUUGUGGCCUCUUAAACAACUUGGAAAAUAGCACAAAAAAUCUUCUUACCGAAGUUGGCCUUAAAGUAAACGAAUUUUUAAUUGAUUGCGUAAUCAAAAAGUUGUACAAGUACGAAGAUCGCACAGUCACUAGCAUUUCUACAUUGCUUGAUCCAAGGUUUAAAAAACAAGGUUUCCGUUCGCAAUACAAUGCCAAAAAUGCUGAAAAACUUUUAAUUGAAGAACUUAUUCAUCUGAGCAAGUCUUCAGCUCUCACCUCAGAGCCACCAACACCAAUUGAUCAACCAAAACCAACACGACAUCCUCUUUAUGAAUUUGUAAAAAUCAACAUAGAAAAUUUGCCUAGGACCAAGCGCUCCGAUGCAAUAAUUGAUUUACAACAAUAUAUUGGGAAACAUCACUCCUUGGGCGAUGUUGAUCCCCUCAAAUAUUGGCAGAAUAACGAAAGUAGUAUAAAAGACCUUACUACGAAAUAUUUUUGCAUUCCUGCUUCAUCGACAGAGUCGGAGCGAUUGUUCAGCAAAGCUGGACAAAUUAUAACGGAACGAAGAGCUGCCUUAAAAGCUAAGCAUGAAGGAUCUCAUUAUGUUAAACAUAUGAAACAUAUGAAAUGUUUAUUAAAAUGUUAA